AUGUUUCAUCGGCGAUGCGGCCACCGUGUCACUCUCAGCAACAACAAUCGCAACGCCACGCGCAAUUUCUCCGAGUACAAUUACGGCCUGGUGUUCAGCGCCGAGCCGCUGCAGGAUGAUGUUUUGUUCGAGAUCGUCAUCGACAGGAAGAUCAUAUCGUGGAGCGGCAGCAUAGAAAUUGGUGUAACGGAAUGCGAUCCAGAGACCUUGGAGAUACCAUCCUGUGCCAUAAACCUCCGUCACGGGUCAUGGAUUAUGACCAGCUCUGGCAUAGUUCACGAUGGCGAGCGCAUUGUCGAAGUAUAUGGGAAGGAUCUUAAUGAUCUGGAGGAGGGGGAUACUUUGGGAGUAAUGCGGACAUCCAAUCACGAACUAGUGUUCUACAUCAAUGGUGUUUCACAAGGCGUUGCUGUUAACAACAUUCCGGAACGUAUUUUCGCCGUUGUAGAUAUAUACGGUGAUUGCGUACAGAUCAGCACCGUUUAUCAUCCUAAUCUUGUUACUCUGUGCGACGCGCCAAAAGACGAGGUUGAGAUUAACAAUGAUUACGCUGCAGGAGAAACCUCCAGUUCCUCGACAACCAAUCUAGUCGCUAACUUAAAUGUCAAUCUAAGUGUCAAUGUAAACGUUAAUUUACCGAAGAAUCCAACUCCCGCGGCCAUAAGGGAGGACAGACUGAGGUUUCACGAGAGAGUCGGCACAUUAGUGAAACUCUCCAAUAACGCCAGAACCGCUGAGAGACGGAGGCCGCUCGACGAGUUUAACAAUGGUGUCGUCAUGACUCAUAGGCCCCUGCGAGAUAACGAAUUAUUUGAGAUACGAAUAGACAGAUUAGUAUACAAGUGGUCAGGUAGUAUAGAAGUCGGCGUUACCACUCACAGUCCUACAGCACUGGAGUUUCCGGCAACAAUGACUAACAUGCGUUCGGGUACAACGAUGAUGUCUGGCUGUGGUAUUCUAACAAAUGGCAAAGGCACUCAACGGGAAUAUGGCGAAUUUAAUUUGGACGAAUUGAGGGAAGGGGACCGUGUAGGAAUGAUUAGGCGGACUAAUGGAGAUCUUCACUAUUUAAUAAAUGGUCUGGAUCAAGGUAUUGCUGCUAAAAUACCGGCGACUGUGUGGGGUGUAAUAGAUCUUUACGGAAUGACAGUGAAAGUAACCAUUGUCGACCGCGACGAAAGAGAAGAACAGAAUCUAGUCACUAGAAGAAACACAUUGCAGUUACAAGGUUUAGAUACCGAAGAAACUGGAGAAGAGGAGCUUCCUGAUAGACUGAUGUUUCAUCCUUGUUGUGGCACACACGCCGAUGUAAUCAAUAAUGGGCGUACAGCACACAGACCUAACGCUAUAGACGAUUUCAAUAAUGGUGUGGUAUUGACUUCGAGGCCAUUGAAACCAAACGAGUUGUUCGAAGUCAGGCUGGACAAAAUUGUCACUAAAUGGGCCGGUUCCAUCGAGAUAGGAGUCACCACGCAUACCCCUACGGAAUUAGAAUUUCCGUUUACUAUGACGAAUGUAAGAUCUGGCACGUGGAUGAUGACAGGCAACGGCGUGAUGCACAAUGGUACCACCAUGAUAGAUCAGUAUGGUCAGAAUCUGGACCGUCUGCAAAUCGGCGAUCGCGUGGGCGUGAUGAGGAAGGACAACUCAACGCUGCAUUUUUAUGUGAACGGCGCCGAUCAAGGUGUAGCCGCGAUGAAUGUGCCCGAGAGGGUUUACGGAGUGAUCGAUCUCUAUGGACAAGCCGCUCAAGCCACCAUAGUCGACAACGUGGAUUUUUACAGUCCAACCACAAACAAUUCGAGUUUUAGCAAUACAACGUUGUAUAGCGAUCUAAGAUUUCAUCACGUACAUGGUAAAAAUGCGAGAAUUACAAACAACGGUUUAACGGCGUCCAGACCGAGAGCUCUGGGUGAAUUCAACGAAGCUAUUGUGAUUGCGAAUCGCGCGCUACGCGAUGGUGAAAUGUUCGAGGUGACGAUAGAUAAAAUGGUUGCCAGAUGGUCUGGUGCUAUAGAAGCAGGAGUUACUGUGAUAAGGCCUGAUGAGCUAGAGUUUCCGUCUACGAUGACAGACAUCGAUCACGAUACGUGGAUGCUCUCUGGGUCAACGGUAAUGCGCGACGGCGUAACGUUGCGUAACAAUUACAGCUGCGAUUUGGACAAACUAGUAGAGGGUAAUCGAAUCGGAAUGAUGCGGUGCGCGGAUUCUUCCUUGCAUUAUUUCUUGGACGGAGUGGAUCAGGGUCCCGCCUGUACUGGUCUACCGCAGAAUGUUUAUCCUGUCAUCGAUUUGUAUGGUCAAUGCGCACAGGUGACAAUCGUGUUGCCUGAGCGCAGGGAUCCUCUGACGCAGCAGUAUUUGCCGUCGGAGAACAGUAUUAGUCAACAACCGACUUCAGUAAUUCAGCCUCAGGCGCAAACUGAAAUUCUACACAAGUUCCACGAGUCGGUCGGACUAAACAUUCAAUUAAACAAUGAGCGAACGGUGGCCACCAGAUGCAGAGAAUACAAUAACGCUGUCUUAUUAAGCGAGGCAGCACUGGAAAAUAACGAGCUAUUCGAGAUUGCCAUUCAGGAAGUGGCGCGCGAAUGGAGCGGUUGUCUGAGGAUAGGUGUCCUGAGUAACGAGACGGGUAACUGGUUAACGUCGAUGAACCUCGUACCUGGUAUGACAUCCAUUCCCAAUGAUGCUUGGUACCUGACUGGUAAUGAGGUGAGACAUACAGGUUUCGCACUUGCCUCAAAUUAUUGUACGAGUCUGGAUUGGUUGCGAGUAGGCGACAAGAUCGGCGUGAAGCGGACGCACGAGGGCAACCUGAAGUUUUAUGUGAACGGUGAGGACAUGGGGGUAGCUGCAUCCGAUGUACCAGAAAUGGUGUACGCGGUAAUUGAGCUCUUCGGCAGCACUGUGGCCGUUAAUAUCACUAGCAGUAGACAACAAAAUCCGGCAAUAUCUCCUAACGCUAGUUUGAGGCUGCAGGAUUCGCUGGAACUCCUACUUGACCCGGUGCCGCCGAGAAACGAUGCGGGAAUGGAUACAUCCAUCGACGUAUCCGAGGGAAAACUGAUCAACGAGGCGACGCUCACGCCGACGCAAGCCACCGCCACUGGUCUGACCGCUGCCAAUGAUGGGGAUUGGAGUUACGAAUUCCAUGAGAAUCAUGGUAGGAACAUUCAGCUCGAAACAAAGACGGUUGCUAAACGGGUGGCCAGUUACAAUCAAGGUGUUGUAAUGUCCAAUCGUCCGCUGAUAAAGGGCAAACCAUUCCAAGUGAGAAUAGAAAAGUUAAAUGAACGUUGGGUGUCGAAUAUUCUCUGUGGCGUUUCUUGCAUAUCGCCGGAAAAGCAAACAAGUUUCCCAUUAACAGCGCUCGGCUUCAAGAGGCACUCGUGGAUCAUUUGUAGCGACUGGAUAUUCCACAAUGGCACAAGAGUGAAGACGAAAUACGGCGCCGGCUUGGAGAACCUUCAGUGCAACUCUGUCGUGGGUUUGCUGAUCGACGAGGACAGUCGACUGCACUUGCUCAUUAACAAUGUGGAUCAGGGAAUAGCCGCGACCGAUUUGCCACCGUACGUUUUCGCCGUGAUUGAUCUGUACGGGCAGUGUGAACAAAUAUCCCUCACAGGGAUCAGCGAAGAACCUUCCUACUCGAAUGUUGCUAUUGACAAUGUCCUCGCAGCUCCUAUUGAAUGCACAAGCGUAGAAACGGAGGACGUAGAGAAUUCGCGUGAAAAGGCCGAUCUAGAAUGUCACGAAAAAGAGAACGCAAUGGCGACUACCUCGUCGGAUCUCUCGCCAUCCUCGACGUCACCGAGCGUGCCGAGUCAGUGCAGUUCUAACAACACCAAAGAGGGCAAUUUUGAAGCCGAGUAUUCGUCCUUUGGUAGCUGUAACAACAGCGCGAAUGUGACGAGCAAUAGCGUAGGCAUCAAAGCGACGUCGAGUGUCGACAGUAACAACUCCGACUCGAAUCUUGACACGGAGAAUCGUGUCCUAUGUACAAACGUAGAGAUAAACAACGCGACUAACAUUAACAUACAGAAGGGCAUGGUUGCCAGUGCGAGUAACAUGACAAGCUUAAACGCGGCGAUCACCGGGACGAACGCCAACAACGCGAUUAACGAAAGCAUAGCGUCCAAUAGUCAAGUCAAUAUUGUAAGUAGCACGCAGCAACAAAACAAUCUGUCGGAUCCUCCCAACAACGCUUGCCCCGGCUUCCACGAGUCGCGAUCGUACACAAGCCGGGACAAUGUCCGCGACAACAACUCCUUCAAUGGGAACAUACCUCCGAGCCAGAACAUGACGGCGAAUCAACGGGACGUAUCCUUGUACAACGUGGCGUCCUCGGUACCGUCGUUUAUGCCGUCGUCGUUACCGUCCACUCCACUUGGAUCCACUGUUAUUGCGUCGUCCAGGAAGUGCGAUUAUCUAAAGGCGUGCAUGCAGCUCAAGAAGUCACUCGUUCUACCGGACGAGUUUUUCUCCACUGAUGAAAUAAUGUGCUACUGCAGUGUGUGCUAUAAGGUGGACGGCGAUAACGCGAUCUGCAAGAAAGGCGAACCGCCGGCAGAGUUUGCGAUACCGGUCGGUUGGGCCAGAUUCCCACUGAAGCAGAGCAUCAAUGCCAAUCAAAUCCCACAAAGCACGAUGGACAAAUGGCACGUCGCGUUCUAUGGUAUACGUUUAGACGCUAUAAGAUUAAUCCUGGACAGAGGAGAGCUAAUGACCAAAGAACAACUGGACGUGAGUAACUUAACGGCGGGUACUAAGAGCGAGGAUCAGAAUCCUCAGGUGUCGUUCUCGCCUAGCAUCAAGUACGCGGCGUCCGAUGAAUUCACGAAAAAGUACCCAUAUAUUGAUAUGCAGUCGAAUAAGAAACUGAACGCAUCGACCGCGUUCCAAUUGCUGGUAAGACCCGGCUCGUAUACGAUCAGUCCCGGCGACAAGGACAGUACUGAUCUGCAUUGCGAGUCCAGCAAAUGGGCUACCAAAGAAGCCGGGGCUACAGUGAUUAUCGCGUUGCUCGUUCAUCUAGACGGAUUUUAA